AUGUUCUACAAGAAAUUUUAUAACAAAAAACAAUCUAAGAGACCUAAUAUAGGAAAGGGUAGUCUAAUUGAUAGCAUGGAAUGUGUAUCUAAUGAUGUGACUUGUUUAACUAACAAGUUACGGAAUAUCACCAACAUCAAUCCUGAAAAUUGUAGUUUCAAAUCAUUGCCUCUGUCCAAUGCAUCAAACAUAAAAACAGAUAACAUAAUACCACUGGAAACAGUAUAUGACAGACAGAAUACUGAGAUCAAAGUAGAACCAGAGGAUCAAAUGAAUGUAGAAUACUAUGUAAGCGUACUCAGAAAUAUUCCAGGUUUUAUUGAGAAUAUAGACGUAGAGCACAAAAGUGUUCUCAAAAAGUACAAAAAUACAGCAAAUGAGUUUAAUUUGCAAUUAAAACACAUCAAUCUACUCAAAACAAACAUAGAAAAAUACCAGAAGCGGAUUGCAGAAUUAGAAAAUGUGAAUUGUGCAACAAGUCACAAAAUAAACCUGAUGGAGCAUGAAUUAGAUACACUAAGAAUAUACAAGAACGAAAUAGAUCCAUAUGUAACACUACUAAAAACAACUGUGGAACAUAAGACUAAUGAAAACAAAAGAAUCACCACUGAAUUAACACAAUCAAAAACAAAGACAAAUAAGCUAAUUGUUGAAAACAACAUGCACAAAGAUGAUAAACAUACUAUAGCAACUAUCAAAAACAACAAUUAUAUGAUCAAAACACAAAUCGGUCAACUCUUAGAAGAUAUUGAACCUGAUUUUAAUAAAGUAAAAGAAAUGAUAAAACAAACAAUGGUAAAAGAGAAGAAGCGAAAAACUGAUAAUCAAAGCAGAAAACAGAAAUUCAAAUCGAUUUAUAACAAUCUGAUUAGCAAUAUUGAUUACAUCACAACAGAAUUCAAUCAGGUUAAAUACGCAAUCAAUAUGUAUGGAAAAACUAUAAGAGAAGAGAACAAUAAGAACAACAUAACACUAAAAGACAGAAUAAAAGAAUUAGAACGAAAAUACAAGAACAAACUGAAUGAAGUAUCAAAAAGAAAUAGAAAAAUACGAAAAUUCAAUGAAAAGGGAAUAUAUGCGAUUUCAACUGUAAAACAAGAAAUAAGUAAUUUAUCCAGCACAAUACGUCACAUUAUUAGUCAAAUAAGUAAUAUUGAUUCAUCUGUUAUUCAUAACAGGUAUAAAACACAAAUCAGGGAGAUUGAACAGAAACACCAAAAUGAAAUCAACUCAUUUAUAGAACAAAGAAGGCAAUUUGAAGCACAGAAAAAGAUAUAUGAGCGCACUAUAAGAGAGUUGGUAGAGAAGUCGAAAACUGAAGAUGAAAAACACCUGUAUAUUUGA